GUCAGCAGUAUCCUGGUGAAUAAAUAUGGCAGUCGUCCAAUCAUGAUUGUUGGUGGCUGCUUGUCAGGCUGUGGCUUGAUUGCGGCUUCUUUCUCCAACACUGUACAGGAACUUUACUUGUAUAUUGGAUUCAUUGGAGGUCUUGGGCUUGCCUUCAACUUGAAUCCCGCUCUGACCAUGAUUGGCAAGUAUUUCUACAAGAGGCGACCGUUGGCGAAUGGACUGGCCAUGGCAGGCAGCCCUGUGUUCCUCUCCACUCUGGCCCCCCUCAGUCAGGCUCUCUUUGGUAUCUUUGGCUGGAGAGGGAGCUUCCUAAUUCUUGGGGGCCUCCUACUAAACUGCUGUGUAGCUGGAGCCCUGAUGCGACCAAUAGGGCCCCCACCAACAAGUGCAGGGAAAGAUAGGUCUAAAGAAUCCCUUCAGGAAGCUGGAAAAUCUAAUGUAGAAAAGGAGGCAGGUGAUGCAAAUACAGACUUUAAUGGCGGAAACGCCAAAGAAGAGAAACGAUCAGUUUUUCAAACAAUUAACACAGUUAUGGAUUUAUCCCUGUUUACCCACAGAGGCUUUUUACUGUACCUCUCUGGGAAUGUGAUAAUGGCUUUUGGGAUGGCUACUCCUUUAGUCUUUCUUAAUAGUUAUGCCAAGUGUCAACAUUACUCUAGUGAGAAGUCUGCCUUCCUUCUUUCCAUUCUGGCUUUUGUUGACAUGGUAGCCAGACCAUCUAUGGGACUUGUAGCCAACACCAAGUGGAUAAGACCUCGAGUUCAGUAUUUUUUUGCGGCUUCUAUUGUUGCAAACGGAGUGUGUCAUCUGCUAGCACCUUUAUCCUCCAGCUAUACUGGGUUCUGUGUCUAUGUGGGCUUCCUUGGAUUUGCAUUUGGGUGGUUUAGCUCAGUGUUGUUUGAAACACUGAUGGACCUUAUUGGACCCCAGAGGUUCUCCAGCGCCGUGGGAUUGGUGACCAUUGUGGAAUGCUGUCCUGUCCUCCUGGGGCCACCACUUUUAGGUCAUCUGAAUGACAUCUAUGGAGACUACAAAUACACCUACUGGGCAUGUGGUGUGAUCCUCAUUAUAGCAGGCAUCUAUCUCUUUAUUGGCAUGGGCAUCAAUUAUCAACUCGUGGCAAAAGAGCAGAAAGCAGAGAAGCAGCAGAAAAAGGAAAGUAAAGAGGAGAAGCCAAAAGAAGUUAUUAAAGCAACAGAAUCUACGGAACAGAGAGGCCCAUGAGGCCCCAAAGAGGAGAAACUUCCCAUCUGAAUCAUGAAUAACCAGAGGAGCUUUGGACCAAAAAUACCUGAAAAAUUCUACUGAAUCAUGUUCUGUUAGGGCUGCUCAUCAUUGUCAUGGGACAUUUGUGUGGAAGUCCUACGGAUGAGGGAGCAGAAGGCUAGCUGAGGACAAAGCACAAGCUGACACCCUGCAACCGCCCUGCUCCCCAACUCCUGAAUGGAAUACAUGUGAUGUUCCUCCAGGAAGCUCCCAACUGUCUCAAUGUUAAUACCUGACUAGAGGGAAAAACAACCUUAACUAUGGCAAGGCCUCCAGUAUCUUGUAGGUCCUCUUUAGCAUAUGAAAGUUCUUUAGAAAACCUCUCUUUUCCUUACCUCCCCCAACCCCAUAGUAUAUAAUCAGCCACCCCUCACAACCCCGGUGCAGCAGUUCUUUCUGUCCACGGGUCCUGUCCCCGGGCUUUAAU